AGUAAUGAGCCUUGCUGUUGGAAAACCACAUCACAACAGUGUCCGACUUCCGGCUGUCGCAGAUGUACAUCCUCCGAUUUUACUCCUCCACUUUCAUCUGCAGUCGGUUGCUUCAGCCUUACCACUCAAACAAGCCCUGUGAAGAAGCAGAGAUACUUUUGAGGAGAUGGAAAACACAAUUGGAAUAGUAUUAGUGCCCAUUGUGUACGUUGCCCAUGCGUCGGCAUUUUGGGUGAAUCUGGGACAAGGAGAGCGCUCCUUUUAAGGAGUGAAUGGGAGUCAAUUGGUCGCUAGCUCAAAAACCCAACAUUAGCAUGUAUUUCAUGAAUAAGAAGUACAUUACAAAUAUUUUAAGACGUGAUAUAAUUCAUUUGUCUGUAAUAUCGUAUAGCUUUGUAAUCGUGACAUUAUGUACUUUAGAGGAAAAUAGGCAGGUUUGUCGACUCAGCCUAACAACUUCAACGUGAUUAGUCGACUGUCUGUUGGAUGGUGCCAUACGUUGAUAUCUCUGUAUUUAUUUAACAUCUCUGGUUAAAGAAUUAUGUGCAUCCCCGGCCUCAUUCACAUUGUAGCUAUCGGUUUCGAUUCGGAGGCAUUUUGGGAGUUGAAAAAUCACUUCCGGCAAGUAACUUGGAUGGUAAAGGUAUUAAAGGUAGCCUUGCUCUGGUCUCAAAACAUUCACAUUGGUCCGAGCAAAUUCUGCAUUGAUCUCGCCUGCUUCAAAGUGUUUAAAGAGGAGGAAUUCAAGAAAAGCAACGAAACAGCAAGACGUUACUGCUCUCUCUUCCAAGUAUUAUCAAAUCUUUGAUAUGAUACAUAACUAGCUACUUACACGGUUUUGAACGUUUGCUUGCUAGAUAACGUUAGCGAACCUCAGUUUAUGCGUUAGCUCGGUGCCACCAAAUAUAGGACAACGUUGCAAAUCGAACCCAAAAGUUAGUACAGACAAAUAAUACGAACUAGCGACUUGUUAGCUAGGUGCUGUGGAAGAAUGGGUUUUAGUUAAUACACGAGUUAUCAACCACACUCAAUUGAGUUUUUCAUGUGAGCACUGGAGAUUGUUUCGGUAUUUUAAUGGGAGGCGGGCUGCGUUGGAGUGCAUCUAGUGGGCGACACUUGCGGAGGUGCCGGCGACCUGCUAGGCUUGGAUGGAGUCGCUUGCCGGGUACGUCUACAAAGCGGCCGCUGAGGGCCGAGUCCUGACACUGGCCGCCUUGCUGCUCAACCACUCCAAGCCAGAGACACGAUAUAUACUGAGUUAUGUGACCCACCUCGCCGGCCAAAGGUCAACUCCUCUCAUCAUCGCAGCUCGAAACGGACAUGACAAAGUUGUGAGGCUGCUGCUGGAUCACUACAGGGUGGAUACUGAACUAACUGGCACAGUCAGAUUUGACGGGUAUGUCAUUGAUGGGGCCACUGCUCUGUGGUGUGCGGCUGGCGCAGGACACUUUGAGGUAGUCCGCCAGUUGGUGUGCCACCAGGCCAAAGUCAACCACACCACUGUCACCAACUCCACCCCCCUGAGGGCAGCCUGCUUUGACGGGUGUCUGGACAUUGUGAAAUACCUGGUGGACAACCAGGCCAAAAUCGGCAUUGCCAACAAGUAUGACAACACCUGCCUGAUGAUUGCUGCCUACAAGGGCCAUACGGACGUAGUGGGCUUCCUGCUGGAGCAUGGAGCUGACCCUAACUCCAAGGCCCACUGUGGGGCCACCGCCCUGCACUUUGCUGCUGAGGCGGGCCAUCUGGACAUCGUUAAGGAGCUGGUGCGCUGCCAGGCUGCCAUGGUGGUGAACGGCCACGGCAUGACACCGAUUAAGGUGGCGGCGGAGAGUUGCAAGGCGGAGGUGGUGGAGCUGCUGCUGUCUCAUGCCGACUGUGGCCCGCACAGCCGCAUCGAGGCCCUUGAGCUGCUGGGUGCCUCGUUCGCCAACGACCGGGAGAACUAUGACAUCCUCAAGACCUAUCACUACCUGUACCUGGCCAUGCUGGAGCGCCACCGCGAUCCCGUCAGCCUCAUCGCCAAGGAGCUGCUUCCGCCCAUUGAGGCCUACAGCGGCCGGGGCGAGUGCCGCACCCUGCAGGAGCUGGAGGCAAUCCGGGCAGACCGCAACGCGCUGCACAUGGAGGGCCUGAUGGUGCGUGAGCGUAUUCUGGGAUCGGAUAACAUUGACGUGUCGCACCCCAUCAUCUACCGGGGAGCUGUGUACGCAGACAAUAUGGAGUUCGGCCAGUGCAUCAAGCUAUGGCUGCACGCACUGCACCUGCGUCAGAAGGGCAACUGCAACACGCACAAGGACCUGCUGCGGUUCGCCCAGGUCUUCUCCCAGAUGGUGCACCUAAAGGAGCCGGUGGGGGCGGAGCCAGUGGAGCAGGUGUUACACUGCAGCGUGCUGGAGAUCCAGAGGAACAUCGCAAGGGUGGAGGCGGUGCCUGAGGCAGGGCUGCACAUGGCCAUGGACAACUAUGAGUCCAAUAUGUUCACCUUCCUCUACCUGGUGUGUAUCAGCACCAAGACUGUGUGCGGCGAGGAGGCACGUGCCCAUGUCAACGAGCAGAUAUACAACCUGAUCCAGCUGGACCCGCGUUCACGGGAGGGCUUGUCCCUGUUGCACCUGGCCAUCAGCUCCAGCACGCCUGUGGACGACUUCCACACCAACGACGUGUGCAGCUUCCCCAAUGCUCAGGUCACCAAGCUGCUGCUGGACUGCGGUGCGCAAGUGAACGCGGUGGACCACGAGGGCAACAGUCCUCUGCACAUCAUCGUCCAGUACAACCGGCCUAUCAGCGACUUCCUGACACUGCACGCCAUCAUCAUCAGCCUGGUGGAGGCUGGCGCCCACACUGACAUGACCAACAAGCAGAAGAAGACGCCACUGGACAAGAGCACCACAGGUAUGUCGGAGAUCCUGCUUAAGACCCAGAUGAAGAUGAGCCUCAAGUGCCUGGCGGCACGUGCCGUCCGCCAGCACCAAAUCACCUUCCGCAACCAGAUCCCUAAGACCCUGGAGGAGUUUGUGGAGUUCCACUGAUAAAAUAUAUAAAAUGUUAUAUAUUUUAUUGUUCUAAUUUUCUAUCAAAUCAAAAUGGUGCUUGCUGCUGAUGAUGAUUAGGAAUAGUCGGAUGCAUUUAGUUUUUAAAAACAAUGGUUCCUUUUUUCUGUUUUAAGUAUGAAUCACAAGUACCAGCAGCAUCUCCAAUAUCUCUCCCACUGAAGUGUUACGGUCUGUGGCUGUCAUUGUGACACAGUGGGUGUCACUAGCAGAAUGAGGAAAUUGUCAGCUAACUUUGAGCUUUCACUUUCCCCAAAGUCUUCCAAAGAGAAUACCUGGCAAAGCCAAGCAUCCACACAAUGGUGACAACAGCAGCACCUUUUGGCUGCUUUUAGUGCAUGGACCCAUUUGUCCCAGACUCCCAGCUAGGUUCGUAACCAUGAAAAGUAGCGUUACUCUAUUGAUUCAUUUUGCAGGUUGCCUGUUGAAGUGGUGGUGAAUGCAGGUUUGCAGUGAUUAUUAAGGCCCGUUGUUUGAGCAAGUGAAUGUGUGUCUGUGAGAGAAGAGAUGAGAAGGUAGUAGUUGAAUUUAGAACUUUGUACUUAAAGAGUUUUUUUCAUAACCAAUAUUAAAAAAAGGUUUAUUUAAGAGGUGUGUGAUUUUGUUUUGUACUUAAAAAUAUGUAUAAUGAGCUUUCUUUUACAUGAACACUGACUGGUAAAGAUGUGCCUUAUUUUAUAUUUUGGAAUAAUUAGGCCUAGAUAUCCCUUGUAACCAAGUCACCAACACUUGGGUUGUUGGCCCUCCUGACUUGCUUGGCUUCUGUGUGUGGAGACUCCACGGCUUUGGUUGAGCAUUGCCACAUAAUGACCGUUUUUAAAUGGAUGCUGCUGGUAUUGAUGUUUGAGCAUGUCUUCCAUUCUCUGUCUUGUGUUUGUGUGUGGGUACACAUGCUAAGCGAAAUGAGAGAGUGACUGUGGAUUGUUCGUGACGGUGUUGAAUGUUGGCUUUUAGCCUUUUCCACUCAUGCUUGCAACCUGUCCUUUGUCCUUAACAACUAACGAUUCUUAAUGUCUGUCAUUUUGUGUGUUCGAAUCAGAUGAUCAGAGAUUAAAGCUGAGAAUGAAAGGUGAUUCGAUUCAAGAUUUUCAUCCAAGUAAAUCAUAGCGUGGUGUUGUACAACUGAAAAAGCUAUAUUGAUUUGACCAGAUUUUACUUAACCGUGUCACCGUAUGUUUUUAUUUUGGGGGGCUUGAGUGGAGAUUGUAUGUAUUUGUAUUUUGUGCAAAUUAGCCUAAAGACAGUAUAACUCUGUGCUUCUUCAUCAGUUUACGUUUAUCAGAAAUGCCAAUACCAAAUGUUUUAACAUUGGUCCAAAAUGUGCUGGGUGUGCUGGGGGUCCCUGAGAGAUGGGGCAGAAGCAGGUCCACACUCGCCAUGGUUACCGCUCUUCUGGCGUCUUCCCGAUAGCUACUUGCUCCUCCUCAUCCUCCUGCCUAUUGAAGAAGCCCCGCUGGGAAGGCAGAGAGGGGAAAGAGUGAAACCCAGGGGUUAAAGCAAAGAAAUUCACUCAUCUCAGAUUGAUUGUCUGCGGGGCCAAGUUAACCUCCCCUUUCAUGUAAAAAAAAAAAAAAAAAAAGUUAUGACCAUCAUGUUGUUGUUGUUGGAAAAGAGUACUGUAAUGAUCUUUUGUGCAUGUAUUAAACUGAAAGUUUGACCAAU